AUGAGAUUUAAACUCUUAAAAAUUAAUUACACAAUUCAAAUGCUCCUUGCUUUAAUAAUAGUGUUUAUCGUGUCUAAAAGCACUAGAUCUUACUUAAAACCACACAAUCAAUACUAAUAAUAUAGCUCAGAACAGUCUUAAAUUUAAAGAGCCUAUACCUGGGAAUGUAAUUUAAGUUUCGCUGAAUGA